GAGAAAAACCAGGAGACACUUUUCAGUUUACAUUCCGCCAAUCCCUAGCUUCAUCACAACACAAGACAGUUCCUUUACUUGGCCCAGUGAAGUGAUUGGUUGAGCAAUAAUUUUCUGCCUCAAAUCACUCUUGCAAGACAAGUAAAGAGAGAUGGGGUUGCCAGCGGCUUCAGAGUCUGAGGACUUGUCAUCAAAGAUGGAGGUGGAUGCAUUCAGACGCCUGUUCCCUCUUCGUUAUUUCGAGCGUCAUUUGACCGAAUCUAUACGCCCAGAUGCUAGGCCUGUGGGAAGAGCUAGAGAUACUACUGUAUCCCUUGGUGCUGUUGCAUCUGCUGAUGGAUCAGCACUAGCGAAGAUUGGUUCAACUACCAUGUUGGCUGCUAUCAAAAUGGAAGUCAUGACCCCGUCCUUGGAGGCACCAGAUGAGGGCUGCGUAGCUAUUGAUUUCCACAUGCCUCCAAUUUGUUCUCCAAUAGUUAGGCCUGGCAGGCCAGCUGAGGCAGCACCAGUAGUAUCGAAGCAGUUAUCUGACACUAUUUUAAGUUCUGGCAUGAUUAAUCUGAAGGAACUAUCAUUGGUCAGUGGAAAAGCUGCAUGGAUGGCGUAUUUGGACAUAUAUUGCUUGGAUGCUGAUGGUGCUCUUUUUGAUGCUGCAUUACUUUCAGCAGUUGCUGCUUUCUCUCAUUUACAAAUCCCUGUGGUUUCUCUGGAUUUUGAAGGAAAAAUUGUUAUGGUGUCUGACGAACAGAAGGUAGAAAACUUGGAAAAAGAGGCAGUUAAUAAGGAGAGAAGGAAGCUUACACUGAGCAGUAUUCCAUUCUCAUUGACAUGCAUACUUCAUAAGAAUUACAUCCUCGCAGAUCCAACUGCUGAGGAAGAAUCAAUAAUGGACACUCUUGUGACUGUUGUCUUAGAUUCAUCCAGUCAACUUGUGUCUCUAUACAAACCAGGUGGACCAGUUCUUGCCUAUACAUCAGCUGUUCAGAAUUGCAUUGCAUUAACAAGGCAGAGAGUAAAGGAACUUCAGGAGAUCUUAGACGAAGCUAUUUCUGGUAUGGAAAUUGACUGAUUUUGAUGUAAAUCUGUUGAGGAGAUUGUCCUAUAUCAGUUUAAUAUGUGGGUAGAUAUUUUGUUCUUUUAAUUAUAUCUGUUUAUUCUAUCUUGUUUCUUUUGUCGCAUUUACAACUGUGGAAGAGAAUUUUGGAACCAUUAGUCAAUUUUGGUUGCAUGUGGAAGAACUAAUUAAUUUCAUUUCAAGAGCAGCUGAUUUACGUUUGUUCUCAGGAUAAACAAGUUAGAUGUCAUUCUUGAAAGGCAACUGAUUGAUUUAAACUGAUUAUCUACUA